UUGGUUAUCUAUAUAUAGAAGCCACACGUAAACACCUACAGGCAUGAAUUAUCCUCAAGAUUUUCAACUGAAAUCAGAAUCUUUGCUAUAAUAAGUUUCUUAGAGACAGAAUAUGAGUGGAGAAGGAAAAGUGGUGUGUGUAACAGGAGGUUCAGGUUACAUAGCUUCAUGGCUGCUCAAGUUUUUGCUCCAGCGUGGUUAUACAGUUAAAGCCACUGUUCGUGACCCAGAUGAUCCUAAGAAAACAGCACACUUACGUGCUCUUGAUGGAGCCAAAGAAAGACUUCACUUGUUCAAAGCAAAUUUACUGGAAGAAGGAGCUUUUGAUGCGGUAGUUGAUGGGUGUGAUGGUGUAUUUCAUACAGCUUCUCCUGUCAUUUUUUCAACAAAUGAACCUCAGGCAGAAAUUCUUGAACCUGCAAUAAAUGGAACACUAAACAUUCUCAAGUCAUGUGCAAAAGUACCUUCUGUGAAGAGAGUGGUUUUAACAUCUUCAAUCGUAACAGUAAUGCUCAAUGGACUUCUGGCCUCUGAUGUGGUAGUUGAUGAGACUUGGUUAGCAGAUCCAGCUUUUUAUCAGGAAAACAAGCAAUGGUAUGCUCUUUCAAAAACAUUAGCUGAGGAUGCUGCCUGGAAAUUUGCAAAAGAAAAUGGAAUUGACUUGGUUACAAUGCAUCCAGGAUGGGUGAUUGGUCCUCUCUUGCAGCCAACUCUUAAUAUCUCUGUGGAGAUGAUUCUGAACCAUAUAAAAGGAUUGGAAACAUUUCCAGAUAUCAUUGACAGGUUUGUUGACGUUAGAGAUGUUUCUAAUGCACAUGUUCAAGCAUUUGAAAAAACUUCAGCUAGUGGCAGAUACUGUUUGGUUGGAAAAGUUGGACACAUCUCUGAGAUAGUGAAGAUUGUGCAUGAACUUUACCCUACAUUGCACCUUCCUGAAAGCAGAUGUGAAAAUGUCAAGCCUUUUGUACCAGAAUAUGAGGUUUCCAAGGAGAAAGCUAAAGCUUUGGGCAUGGACUUCACUCCUUUAGAGGCUACCGUUGAAGACACCAUUGAAAGCUUGAAGGAGAAAGGCUACCUUGAAGUCUGAUCUGAAUAAUGGAUUUUUUUUUAUUAUUAUUUUUAAUACUUACAGUCAAAUAUUUUUGAGGCAAUUUAUGCGAAUUAAACUAAAACUCCUCUUAAUAAUGUAUUCUACUUUUCAAAUGCAAUAAUAAUAAAUUAUAUGAUGUUGGUAUAUUGCAA